AUGUCCCUGGCGGCCUCGGCGGGCCGGGGGUCGGGGUCCGUGUGGUCCCCAACGCAUGUGCAGGUGACGGUGCUGCAGGCGCGGGGCCUGCGGGCCAAGGGCCCCGGGGGCACGAGCGACGCGUACGCGGUGAUCCAGGUGGGCAAGGAGAAGUACGCCACCUCGGUGUCGGAGCGCAGCCUGGGCGCGCCAGUGUGGCGGGAGGAGGCCACCUUCGAACUGCCGCCGCUGCUGUCCGCCGGGGCCGGGCCCGCGGCCGCCGCCACCCUGCAGCUCACCGUGUUGCACCGCGCGCUGCUCGGCCUCGACAAGUUCCUGGGCCGGGCCGAGGUGGACCUGCGGGAGCUGCACCGGGACCAGGGACGCAGGAAAACCCAGUGGUAUACCUUGAAAUCCAAACCCGGAAAGAAGGAUAAAGAGCGAGGAGCAAUUGAGGUUGACAUCCAGUUUAUGAGAAACAACAUGACUGCUAGCAUGUUUGACCUCUCCAUGAAAGACAAGUCUCGGAAUCCAUUUGGGAAACUGAAGGACAAGAUCAAGGGGAAGCAUAAGGAUAGCGCGUCGGACACCGCCUCAGCCAUCAUUCCCAGUGUGACACCCUCCGCUGACAGUGAUGAUGAGUCUCCUUCCAAAGACAAGAAAAAGAAAUCGAAGAUCAAGACCCUGUUUUCCAAGUCGAAUUUGCAGAAAACGCCACUUUCCCAGUCCAUGUCCGUCCUGCCUACUUCAAAGUCAGACCGAGUGCUGCUUCGUCCUGGAGGCUUUCAGUCCGGGUGGGAGGAUGAGGACAAUGAGGAUGACUCCCCCUCUGCCUCAGAUGUGAUGUCUCACAAGAGAACAGGAAGUGCGGAUGCUAAGCAACUGAACCAGAUCAAUUUCAGCCUUCCCAAGAAGGAAGGACUCUCCUUUCUUGGUGGCCUUCGGUCUAAGAAUGACGUCCUUUCUCGCUCUAAUGUCUGUAUCAAUGGGAACCAUGUUUACAUGGAGCAGCCGGAAGCCAAGAGCGAGACCAAGGACAGCACCCCCUCCUCCUCCCCGUCCCCCCAGGGCUUCAGGAAGAAGCAUUUGUUCUCCUCCACUGAGAACCUGGCUCCUCGGUCUUGGAAGGAGCCUGGGGAUGGAGGGGCGGUGUCUUCCGACCCGUGGUUCUCUGAGUCUUCCACCAAGGACUCUCUGAAAACCAUGUCUCUGCCGUCCUACCGGCCGCAGGGCAGUGGGGAUAUUCGGGAGAGCGCGGCUCCUGUGAGCUUAGAAGCCACAAAAGAAACCAAAGAGAGCAAGAAGCAGGAGAACAAGAAGUCCUCGUUGCUUUCUCUGGUGACGGGAAAGAAGGACGUGGCUAAGGGCAGUGAGGGCAGAAGUCCGCCUACCGUCCUGGGGAAGGAGAAGGAAGGCGCGCCGCUGCCGGAGGUCCGACCAAGGGAUGACCGGCCGGGGCCUGACGAAGGCUUACCGAAGAGAACUGAGAAGGACACUCUGGCUGUCGUCUCUGGACGGGGUAAAUCCCUGAAUCCCUUUGAGGAAGUGCAGGUCACAGAACCGGAAGCCGACCGAGAGCCCAAGUGGGAAGCUGCACCAUCCGUGGGCUCUGCACGGGCUCCGCAGACCAAAGCCGUCAAGCCUCGACUGGACGUGUCUCCAGAGGCUCAACCUACAGCCAGGCUUUCUUCUUCCCCUGAGUCUCCUGUCUUCUUUUCUGCUCUUCUUUCCAGUUCUGGCCAGACACCUGUCCCUUCUAAAUUGGGGCAUGGUGCAGAGACACCGUCCUCUGAAUCUCCCUCUGUCUUCUCUUUCCCAUCUCCCAUAGUGGCUCCCAUUUCCACAUCCACGCCGGUUGAGAACUGGCCUUCCACAGACAAGGGCCAGGCCAGUCCGGAAGAACCAUCUUUGCCCCUUAAGGCAGAAUUGCCAAGGGAGAGUUUAAUACAAGUUCCAAAGACCGUUUCUGGUGUCUUGGGGUCACUUUCCAGAAAGCUACCCACUCCAGCAUGUAAAGGGACGGAAGAUUCUCCCACGAGGAAGACCAGUGAGAUAGGCCCAGACAGCACUGUUGGUAACGACUCAGAAAAGUCUCUUGUGAAGCAGUCUGAAAUGGGGCACCAGGAAGAAAUUCUGGGGUUUCCUGCCUCAGAACGAGACUCUGUCCCUUCAUCUCAAGAGGCCCAAGAAGUAACAUUCGGCCUUUCACUCCAAAGUGGCCAGAUUGAAAGCCCAGCGGGGAAGCAUCCGAUGAGGACAAGCACAGACUCGGAGAGUCCGUCUGUGUCCUUUGGGGAGACCAGCCUUCGGGAAGACAGCAUGACUUCUGCAAUGACGGAAGCGGUGCCCCCUUUUCAGAUGGGAGAAUCCGCUCCCCCUCUUGGUUCCGUGAUGCGGAGACGCGAAGAGAAUGUGGGUGAGAGCCGAAAGAAAAUCAGGAAGCACGUGUCAUUUUCUGAGCAGCUCUUUACACAAGGGGAGGUAGAGCAGGCCGCCCAGUCAGUGGAAGAGGACAGAAGGCAUCCCCGGGAGCUGACACACGAGGGAGCCGCCGCUGGAAAUGCGUCAGACAGGGAGUCUGCUGAGGCCGCAGAGAGGGAAGCUGUGUCCCCAGCAGCGCAGUGUGGUGUGCCAGCUUCCGUGGCAGGCCCCCUUCCCGGCCCGUCUUGCGAGGAGAAGGGCUCAGAAGCCCCCAUGAGUGAAGCAGGCUCAGGGAAAGACAUUCCGCUCUUGAGGAUUGAGCCAGAAGAUACACUCAUGGCCCCAAUUCAGAGCAAAGCCAGUGAUCACGAAGGUUUAUUGUCCGAGCCCCUGAGUGGCCUUCACUCUACCCCAGGGGUUAACUCUCCAGUUGUGGCUGAUCUGGGCUUAACCCUUCCUUCCAUUCCUGAAGUGGCAUCAGAUGAUGAGAGAGUGGAUCAGGUUGAAGACAAUGGAGAGACAGCCCAGGUGGCAGCCCCAGAAGGAGGACCUUCCUCCUUGAGCCUGUCCCCUGCCCGUCCUGAGAUGGAAAAGGGGCCGAGGGGUGAGGCAGACGGCUGGGCGGCGCCUGCAGAGGGUCCACAUGACCCCGGGUCAAAAGCACCCAAAACAUCUGCGGCAGCCUCUCCAGAGCCAACGGCCGCUUCAGGAAUUCAUAAGCCAGAUCUUGGCAAGAGCUCAUGGUCGGAUGAACAGCUGCCACGUCCUGGCAGCGGCGAGAGGGAAAAGCUGAUGGGAAAUGGGAGGCCAAGCCCGCCUCCUGAUCCAGCCCUGGAUUCUCCUAUAGCCAGUCCCUCCUUUUCUGAGAACUUUCCUGUUACACGCUCUUUCCCCGGCUACCCACAUGCUGACACUCACCACACCAGUACAGCAGAAUCUCAAAAAAAGGCCACAGCAGAGGGUCCCGCUGGUAAAGUGGAAAGUUCUGGCAAGAAGAAGCCGCUUCUUCAGGCCUGGGUCUCACCCUCAGAGACACUUCCUAUCUCAGCUCAGCCGAGCGUGGGAACGGGGUCAGCCAAGCACAGACUUCACCCUGUGAAGCCAAUGAACACAACAGCCACCAAGAUUGCCAGCUCCAGCUUGGGCACCGCCACCAUCAUCAGCGAGAACUUGAUCAAUGAAACUGCGAUGAAGAAAUACAACCCCUCGGACCCCGCCUUUGCAUACGCACAGCUGACCCAUGAUGAGCUGAUCCAGUUGGUCCUCAAGCAGAAGGAGACGAUAAGCAAGAAGGAGUUUCAGGUCCGGGAGCUGGAAGACUACAUUGACAACCUGCUCGUCAGGGUCAUGGAGGAAACCCCCAACAUCCUCCGCGUCCCGGCUCAGGUCGGCAAAAAGGCAGGAAAGAUGUGACUCGUCAGCCUAGGAGACCCAGACUGUUCUGUGAGUUCGUUUCCACCCGCUCCUGAGGUCAAGGACUCCGUAGGCCUGAUAACCAGCACACAGGCUCGAAGUCACCAGCCGCCUCCCUUGCCUGUUAUCUGGCAAGAGUCAGUUCCAGCAACUGAAGCCAGGUUAAUUAUUACAAUGAAUCUUUUACUGUACAUUCCCAGGGUUUUAUUUUUAAAUGCCACUGUGCCUUUAACUAUCUUGUAAAUAUUUUAUGCUCUGACCGGAGAUGUGGUCAUAAGAUCUGCUCCUGGCCCAGAGCUUCGGGUGGUGCUGGGUGAUUCAUGUAUCUAACACUGGGAUUUUCUCUCUUCGAUAUUGACAUUUAAAAAUACAUACCCCCCGCUGCCACCCCGCCCCGUCAGUGAAGUGCGGGGUGAAAUGAGAAGGACCGGGCACCUGCUUGCUUGGCUUUUGAGAGUAGCUCAGGGUGGCGUUUGGCUGGAGGUGCUAAGUUUUGAUACCGUGUAAACCUCCCGGGCUUCUUGGACUUGGUCUUACUGAUUUGACCAAAGCGGGGGAGGUGAACGAAAGCCUUGUGAGUGUGCCUUGCUAGAUUUUGGAACAAGCUGCCUUUUCUAAAUGCCACAACUCUUCAGCCUUACGGUGUGCUCCUGAUGGGUGCAUAGGGCCCACCUGUGGAGACGGGAGAGGCAGAACAGGGAGUUUGUCACUUCGCAUUCGUUUAACGGGGGGUUGGUCGAAGUCUCACCGUAGCCGGGCUCCUGCUGGCUGGAGUGGCCUCAUCAGUGCCUUGAGAAGGGAUCAGGUGGCCAAAGCAUUGACUAACUUGAUUCCACCAGGUAGGGAAUGAUCUCAGUAGGACUCCUGUGGCCUGUUGCCCCAGUGCCUUUGCUUGGCUCCCUGAUCUCCUCACAACACUUUCUGGCGAUCCCCUACUCCACCCCCAACCCUUGAUAUAAAGUUAUGAAGAGCAAGAAGGUAACACUUAGUUUGGUUGGCUGUAUUUUUAAAGCUAGAAGAGCACACCUAUUUUUCUGAAGCUAGGAUGUUUCUGAAAUGAUAACCCCAGUCAGACUCUUCAGGUCGUUUCAUUGUUCAGAAACUAAUACUGGAAUUAGAAUGUUUCUGUGUUGCUCGUUUUUUUUCCUCCUGGUUGUGACAGAAUCUUACCUAACCUUGACCUGUCUCUGGGGCGGGAGAUCACAGGCCAGUGCAGAGGGCAGGGUUUGAGGCAACAACAGUUAUUAGCUCGGGGCUCUCUUCUCUGUCUGUUCUUGUUCUGUGGAGGCAAGAGGCAAGACGGUUGGCAGCAGGGCCCUUUUCAGGAUCUUAUGCUAGCGGCAACGUUAGUUACAUCAGAGCACUUCGCUCUGAAGGGUGAUACUGUUACUUGAUGAAUCAGCUUUUGAUUAUCUAUAGCUGCUUUAUUUAAUGCUCUUACAGUAGUGUGGAAGCUGUAAACUUCCCAGAUGACUUGUAUUUUUGUAGUGCUAUGAGAGUUAUUUACGUGCCUGGAAAGAGAAUUGUAUAUUCGCCUCCACUCUGAAAAUGUACGUGUAUAUAUUCAUUCCACAAUAGGUUGUUUUUGUUUUGUUUUACUUAGAAAUGUAUUUUGACUGUGAUAACCCAAGGGCACUGGGGGCAGGGGUGCUCUGAAGGAUUUCUCCUUAGAGGAACUGGUGUGGAGACCUGCACUGUUCACAAGAGGAGCUUGGUCUGGACAUACUAUCUGCUGCUAGGACCUCGGGUGUGUAACUCGGUCAGUAUUUGAGAGGGACGUCUGGGUAGAAGAGUGAAUUCCUGUGUUCUGAAAUGCCACUUGGGGACUCUGGAGAAUGAAGGAUAAUUUACUUCAAGGGUGUCUGGCUUCUACCAAUGCUGGGGAAAAAGAAAUCCAAUUCAUAGCAGUCCUGUACCUCUCAAAGUAGCUAACCUGGAGGGCAUGAGGUAAUGACUGUCCGUGAGGGCUCUAUUCUGGGGGAGGGUUUAUGUCUCCCUGACCCAUUAGCAGGGGUUGGUGAAUUGGAGCGUUGGAGGGCACGUACCCACCUACGUGAGGAGUGUUGGGGCUUGGCUCCAGCUGCUGUAAAUGCCAGCCUGAUGGAAGCACGCUGGGAGGAGGCUGUGUUCUGGAGAAGCGGGAGCAGCUCUUUUCCUGGCCUCACCUAGCUGCCUCCAGAAAGAGUGGUCGGUUCUUUAGGGAAGCAUCAGGUUAAAUACCGAACAUCUCGCAGUGAACUUCAGCUGGAAGUCAGCCUCCUGAAAACAUUGUCAAUCCUUUGCCUAUUUCCUAUCAUCUCAUUCCUUGGACUCUGACAGGUUUCCUGCCCUCUGUUUUAUUCCUGUGUGUUAGCACAUCAGAAUGGAGGAACAAGAAAGCCUGCCCUUGACCAUGCGGAAGAGCCGUUGACCCUGAGUGGGAGGUGUGUGCAAAUGAAUAGGUGUGUGUGUGUGUGUGUGUGUGUGUGUGCCUGUGUCUGUCUGUGUGUCUGUCUGUCUGUGUCUGUGUGGUUUCCAGCUUUGCUAACAGUGGGAACUCAAAAGGGCAGAGCGGGGGAGGACCCAUGACAGCCACACACCAAAUUGAAGGCCAGAGACAAUUUAAUGUUCAAUUAGGCAGCAUCUUCCCUCCCUGAGUCCCUUUUCCCAAUCGAUCGUCUUCGUUUCUCUUAAGAACUACGAAUUAAUGAUCCCUCAAGGCUGACAGAUUAAUUGCCUUCAGUAGGGAACUUGGCCUCCUGGUAGUCAUACCAACCUCGACUCUGGUUUCUCAGUAUCUGUUAUAUGGGCUACUAACUUGACCUCUUCCACCCCCCGACUGAAAGAUCGCCCAGCGUUUUUGGAUUAUAAAAUGAUUUCCUGCCUUUUGAGUUUGGGAGUUUUUAACUUCUUUGGUUUUGUUUUUAAGAAGUAACCUAAAAUUUCUACAACACUAAAUAAAAAUGGUACUACCU